GGAAAUAAGUAUUUUCACUUUACGAGCAAAUAAUUAUAAUUUCCUUUACUGUUAUGGAAAAAAAAACAACGAAGAACAAUUUGCAACUCGGUUUUCAAAACAAUGCCAAGUUGUUCAUUUCCGGCGAACGUUUCCGAUCCCAAGGGACGGGCCAAUGAAGGAUCCGUUUCCCUUGUAACCGAGACGAUAUACGGGGACACCCGAGCGCGACCGAGCGCUCAUUUCCGUUUUCGAAUCCGACGUCAUCUACUCCGAAAGCCCGUGUGUUUUGUGUUUCUUUGGGGCCACGAUGAUUAUCGCUAAUUUAACAUUGAAAUUAUUGAAAUUGAAAUUAGAUUUCUUGAUAUCUUAAAAGUAUCUGGAAGCUAAGGGAACUGUCUAUUCGAUCCACGAAGUAAAAGAAUUAAGUCAGAAACGGCCGUUCUAACUGUUAAGAUAAGGAAAGAAGUUUAGUUAGUAUACGUCGCCGAGGAAUCUUGUGCAAAAUGGGCAUUCAAGAUCUGCAAGUCUUUCUGGAUAGCAAUUAUGUACAAGGCGGAUCUGUACCAGUUGAUCUGUUAAAAAUAGCGCGUACAUUCACUCAGAGACAGCAUAAUCGAGUCGGCAAAGCACAACAACUGCAUUCUGGAAAGUUCAGACUAGUCCUUGAUGGAGAGUGCUGCUUAGAUAGAUUAUACGGAGGUUAUUUCUCAGACUGGGCUUGCGGAGGACAAUGGAACAGAAUGCUCCAGUUCCUAGCGGUCCUCAUCCAAGCCACGGAGAUGUCUGGUUUGGAAUUAGCUGUAUUCUUUAAUGGAUGUUUUGAAUCUCCUAGACUCGACGAUUGGUUUUUGAACCAAUUACAAGUGAGGAUUAAAGUAAAUAAUGUGUUAAAACAUAUUACAACCAAGGGCACUCCGCCACCGAAAAUAUGGUGGACCCCGCCAGUUUGCUUGAGAACCAGUUUACGAAUGGCUCUGCGACAUUUGAACGUUACAGUACUCUGUAGUAUGGACGAUCACCAUCAAGAAGUGAUCGCGUAUUGUAGAGAGAACUCGUUCAACGGUCUCGUCGCCGACGACGCGGAGUACGCGGUGUUUGAUCCGCCGCGGUACUUCUCGUCGGAGCAGUUAAAAUUGACGUACAAAGGUUCGCUAGACACCAAGGAGUACAUACUUCCAGAGCUGCUGAAAGCGUUGAACAUACCCGCGGACAGGCUGUGCCUGUUGGCCGCGUUACUAGGAAAUUAUAUCUUGACCGAGGCGGAUCUGGCCGAGUUUUACAAGAGGCUCAACGUGAACACGAACAUAAACAAAGUGAACGUGGAACACACGAUCAAGACGAUCGCGAACUUCGUACGGGAACUGCCGUCCGUCGAGUUGGACGUGGUCGCCCAGAAGGUUUUCGGCUCGUCGUCCGAUCCGGGCUGCUUGAAACUUAGGCAGUCUGUUCAGUAUUACAUUAACGGAACUAAGGACGGGUUCCUGCAUUACAAACCGGUGAAACCGAACAGAGUACAUAAAUUAGACUCGAAACAGAGCGUGCAGCAGCAGUCGAAUCUGUCUGAAACGCCGUCGACGUCGGAGGCCGAUUCGAAUUUGGAAACGUCGAGAUUCGCUUCGGAAACCGUGGAGAGCGAACGGGAAAGUUUGAACGCGUACAAACAGGCGACUGCGAAUGCGAAGUCCGCGCCGCAAAUCGUAAUAGAGCCGCCGGGAAUGCAGGGCCACGGUGACGCCGAUAAUGCUAGGCAAGAGGAGGAACAAAGCAACGGGCAUACCGUGAACGGCACACACAACCUCCUCAUCAGCUCGUCGAGCUCGAGCAGCAGUUCCUCCGCGACAUCGCCGUCGCACGCGACCGCGGACUCGGCGCGGCAGACGGAAAAGACCACGAUGAUUCCGACGACGGUACCGGAAGUGAUGCGCACCGCGUCCGAACGACACCAGAAGGGCUUGAUGUCUCCUCACAUUUACCAAAUUCUCAUCGCCGGGGAAAUCAAGCUGCCCGUUCUUCUGGAGGACGAAAAUCACCGCGAGUUUCCGUCGAUACACAUUAUUUAUAGACCUGUUAGACAAAUGGUGUACGCGAUUCUGUUCAACCUUCAUCAUAGAAUGUAUUUAGCUGCUAAGAGUAAAGAGAAGGGAGAUAGUGAAAAAAUUGAAGUCCCUGACGUUGUGAUAAAGGAAUGGGUUUGGUCUAAGAAUAAUCCAUACGUGACUCCUGAGUUGGUGAAGGCGGAACAAAUCGGUUGGGGUGUUCCCACGAUUCAACGCUUAUGGUUUGGCACAGGCAUAGAUGACAAACGUCGCCGCCUGCGAGGCUUCCUGACUUGCAUGAAGUCCGACACGCCUCUCAUGUUGAAUACCUCCUACGUACCGCAACACCUUUUAGUAAUGGCGUGCGUGCUGAGGUAUAUCAUGUCUUUCUCAGAUAAGAUUAAGAUCCUACGCCGUUGGGAAUUAGAUGCCUUCAUUGCACAAGCAUUCUCGCCGGAACUUAUGAACGCUCAGUAUUUACAAGAUCUCCAGCUCGCUUUAGUUACAUCACGCGGAGUGCAACUCGCAACGUUGUUCAUGGCCGGUGUCGAGACCGCUCUGUUAGCCAACGACGCCUGCGGAGCACCGAUCCCGUGGUUGAUGUGCUGCCCGUGGUUGUAUUUCGAUGGGAAACUGUUCCAUCAUACGCUGGCUCGUGCGCGGAUCGCGAAGAACCUGUUGGAACUCUGCGGCGGUCACAUCGAUCGCAUCGUGAAAGUCGAACGAAUGAAGAAAGCUAUUCUGGAGGGUACCAACGUGAUCUUCGCGCGAACUCCGCCUGUUGGUCCAGGUAUCCGCGUGUCGGUGCCACAAAACAUUUUGGCCCCCGGCUGCGCGAUUAACGAAGGUCUGAUGCGUGGGAGAGGUAGCGGAACGAUGCCACAACGUGGGCUGAUGCGACGGCCCAUACCAUCCCGCGGCGGACAGUUGGAAAUCGCUGGAGUUGUCGUCGGACAAUGGGGCCCGAAUUACGGGCAACCUGGACGCUUACCUCAGCCUUUACAGGGACAUCCUCGCGGACGAAUCCCGCCGCAAGUGACAUCGAUUGGCGGCUUGAAGUAUGGCCUCCCUCGUGGUUUCACGCCCAUGGGCCGGCCCACGUUUCAAACCCGAGGGAACAACCGCGCACCGAUAGCUAGCCGCGGCAAGAAAACGCAAAUGAAGAAGACCACUGUCAAGAAGAACAAGGAGAACGAAAAUAAAAAAGAUAAUAGAGGUCGGGAUAACAAUGUCGAUGGAAUCACUGACUACAGCGAUGCGAUUCCAACGAUGAACGCAACAAAAGACGCACUGCCAGUACCAGGCCAAUUCGACGACGCCGUGGAGAACGGCAAGGGGAUAGAAAAGGGGCAGGGAGACGCGUCACUGGUCGCGCCGGUCGCUGCCGAGAACUAGGUAUUUAUACAACAUAUUUUUAACGACUUUUAAACGCUCCCGGAUGUGACACAAGACUGCAAUAAAGAAAGGAAUCUUCUUAGGAGAAAACGAGUGUGUGUAAAAAAAAAAUACUAAGAGUAAUGAUACGCCGAUGACAUUUGAAUGUUUUCCACGCACGCAAGAUUUACAGCUGUUCUUUGUUCGGGAGAUCGGUUUCUUAAUUUACGAGCAGAAGAGUAUUUGAGUUCCGUCACGAAUCGCACCUUAGGAAACGUACUCGCACAAGACUUGGACGAGGAACUUGUUCAAAUGUUACGUGUGGAAUCACUCAACAAUGUCUAAAGCUCUGAUGGGGCCAAACUCUAAUUAAACUAAUAUAAGGAGACGAGCUCGUCGUUAGACGGCCACGAAUAUUAUAAAGAUACCGAUACAUGAAUGAAAAUAAUAGAGACCCAAUGUUACUGACAUACACGAUACGAUGUCCUCACUGCCAAACGUACCACUCAGUGUGUAAGAUAAAAGCGAAAACGAACGCGAUUUAAAGAAAACUAAAAAAAAAAUACACACACACAUAUAUAUGUAUAUGAAGAAAAUUAUACAAAAAAAGAGAAAAAGAUGAAACAAUGAAGUCGUGCUCGUGGCAAACGCGAGCGUGUUUUUAGUCUAAGAAGAAAAACAAAUGUACUCCGCUCGGAUCACCGUUUAAGGAUGAGAAAACUCGACUGAUUAGUGUAUGCGUGCGCUAAUUUUACUAAGAACGAAGAACAAGUCGUCAGCUGCUAAUAAGUAUUUAAUUCUUAAGAAGUGUGAUUAUUUUUUUUACAAUGAAAAUAUAUAUUUUCCGGUAUUAUAUGAAAUGCUCGCGUUGACUGGUCUCAGUAUUCUGAUCAGAUAUAAUUUGGUCGUGUAACGUGCUGGACAUUGAUUUCAAUCGACGGGGCGAACUGGACGCGAGACUGAACGACGGCAGAUGAUAACUCUAUGGCUGGGAUAGUUUGUAAGACACCGUGUUUUUAGGAAUAGGAACAGGAUACUGAGACGGUCAUUAGCAAAUGGAGACUGAUGCUUUUCAUAUAGGUAAAAUAUAUAUUUAUAUAUGAUUUAGAUUAGAGGUUCCCAAUAGCGUAUUAUAUGUAAGAUUGCGAACGUUCAAGCGUGCGAGGGAGAGAGUGAACGUGCGGGAGAGAACUGUUUAUGCGUGUUAAGAGAGAGGCGAACGUGUGACUGUGAGAAAUACGAGGGUGUCGAUGUACGUUCCAGCAUGUGGCCUAUUUAAAAAAAAAUUUGUUGGUAAAUUUAAUUGGAACGAUAAUAGAUCCGAUCUGAAAAUCUUAUCGAAUCGCACACUUUAUCUUGGAGAGAUGAUAAGGGCCGAUGCUGGAACGCGGUCGCACUCUUAUAUAGAGAAACAUAAGAUAUGUAUAUAAACGUGGGAUGUUAAACGCGUGUCGGCCCGCGUACACGCGCCGGGCGAUUUCCCGGGAUCGCGUGUACGCGGCCCGAUCGAUAUAUUUAUUUGCUGUUGCAGUUGGCGUGUAAGAGACAUGUGCCCGCGGACCCACGUUGCGCGCCGCGGGAGCAAUCGGCCCUCGGAUUUCUCUCGUCAGACGGAAAAACGAGGGCCGAGGUUCUCUGAAAGAGUUGCUCCCGCGGUCUUCCGGCGUCUCUUGGAAAAUAUACCGUUUUAUUAAAUUACAGUCUUACCUAAGUUUCAGAUUAUCGCUCUCUACGAUUCUCGUUGCACGUUCUAUCGGCAUAGAGCGUGCAACGAUAAUUGUAUUAGAACUGUGAGUAUGCACGAAUUAUUUUCUGACCCAGGUAUGAAUUUUAGACAAUGGACGAUUCGAUUUUUGGUUUUGGACUUUUCAGAAAAGCGUGUGCCUACUUUGGCGUAUUUUCCAAAGGACGCUCGGUGUCCCCCGUUUUAUUGUACAUACGAAUAAGUAGUUACUUUAGAAGUGACGAAAGCGCGAGGUUGAUGUAUAUAAAUGAGCGGCCCGGCGAUAAUCGCGCGGCUAUAUAUGGUGAUCAUGUUUAAAAAAUGGGGAAGGAGAAUUACUAUUUAUGCGUAGAAUAGUCGAGAGGACUUUCUACCAAAGAUGGAUCGAGUCGAGGAGGUCGAUCUUUACUCGGCGAAGUAAAGAGAUGAUAACAAGACAGCACGACGGAACACGAUUUAUUUAAGGAGAAAAGAAACGACGAUGAGCAAGGAAAGGAUGUCCAAAUGAAAAGAAAACAAGUGGAGAAACAAUGUAAAAACGAGGAGCGAACGAGAGGGAGGGAAAGUGAGGGAGAGAAUGGGCGACGGGAAAAUGUGGAAGAAAGAGAGAAAAAGGAAGAGCGAAUGAGAGAGAGCAAAUCAUUUAUCGAGAUAAUAUAACGAGAGAUAAGAUACAAAUGUUAUAUUUUUGUAGAUUUGUUAUUGCGUAAAAAAAAAAAAACAAAGAAAAUGCAUUAAGACAAUGAGAAACUUUAUAUAAUUUGAGCGACGGUUGAAAACUGAGCCUGAAAGAGAGAGAGAGUGACGAGAGCAGAUCGGAUGGGAUUCGGAAGGGAUUUGAUGGAGGAAAAAGUGCUUUAGAAAAGACGAUGGUAUGUUGAACAUGUUUUGACAUCCGUGGUUUAUAUUAAAAAUAAUAAUAGGUGAAAUCGUUAAUUCUUCUGUGUCUCCGAAACGGUCAGAGAAUCAAUGCUGACCCGUUCGCCGACCGAACAAUAAUUGAAUGAAAAUUAGAAACGAUUUAAACAAAACUGAAUGUCAGCUUCGAUUGCGAGCUACGCCAGCGUAUGCAUAUAAUAAACAGUUUUCCCAAUGCGAUUCGAUAAAAAAAAAGAAUGCGAUGAAGAUUAAAAAUGAACACGCGGUACGUUCCGACGAUUAAUGUGGGAGCGAUACCGCGUAUCGAUGAAAAUUGCUAUCAUUCGACGAUUUUCAAUACACACUCACACACACACGUUGUUUUCCGAGUACAGUAACAUGUAAUAAUAAUAAUAAUAAUAAUAAUAUCCAUCGACGUAUAUAUAUAUUUAUAUAUAUAUAGCAAAAAGAUCGCCGCGUAAUCCUUCUUGAACAAUUUGAAAACAAAUUCAUAUAAAGUACGCCGAUCGUUCACGACUUAAAAUGAUAUAACAAAAAGAGAUUUCAGAACCGACGGAUGAAUUUUCAUUCGAUCAUCCCGAUGUACAGUUAAUUGAAAAAGUAUUUGCGCGUCGCUCUUCGGUUCCGUUCUCUCGCCGAGGGCCGAAUCGAGAGUGCGAUGUUAAGAUUUAUUUGAAAUCUGUACACGCAAAACCGGAGAAUACAAAA